AUGGACGCUCGGCAUCCGGGCGACAUGGAGCAACAACAACAGCAACAGACAUCACCCGUAGUGGAAACCACUUCACCCAAGGAUGGUUACAUGAGUCGUACUGCUGCACAAGAUCUCCCUUCUCGAUCCUAUUUCUCCUCUCAUGGCAACUACGAUCCGCAAACGGGCACACGCUAUUCAGCAUCGAUUGAAUCUAUCCGUGCUCACUCUGUAGCCUUGGGUGAUUUACAAAUGGCAGAUGAUACCACAGGCAGGCUCGAUGAAUCACGUCUUAGCAUAUCACGAUCACCACCCAUCACUAUGGAGCCCACCGGCAGUAGCAAUCUCUCCCUCUUGUUGGAUCAACAAAAUGCAAAGUUGCAUAAUCAACAACCGCAACAACCACCACAACACCGCAUCCGAAAGACAUCCACCUAUGAUGAAGAAGCAAGUCCAUUACUCCAACAAGUUGAAACAGCACGUACCGCUUCAACAAGAUACCAUUCAAUCGAUUCAUCCUAUUCUACUGCUACUACACCCCAUCACCAUCAUCAUCAACAGCAGCAUGACCAUGAUCAUGUUCCACCCAUCAAGGGCAAAAUGCGUCAUUCUUCUUCUUCUUGGCUGCAUUGGAUUCGUCAACCCAUCUCGUAUAUACCUGCAGUCAUUCUAGGUCUACUACUCAAUUUGCUGGAUGCUAUUUCUUAUGGAAUGAUUACAUUUCCACUCAACAAUCCAAUCUUUGCUUCCUUUGGUCCUGAUGGUAUAUCCAUGUUCUUUGUCAGUUGUAUCAUUGCUCAGCUCGUGUAUUCAUGCGGCGGAAGUAUCUUUGCUGGUGGCAAUGGAAGUAUGAUGAUUGAAGUUGUCCCAUUUCUUCAUAUUAUCGCCGAGCAAAUUGUCGAUUACAUUGGUGAUAAUCACAAGCAAGAGAUUAUUGCAUCCACCAUGGUGGCCUUUGCAUUGAGUAGCAUCAUGACAGGCUUGGCGUUUUUCCUCUUGGGUGCAUUCAAACUGGGAUCCCUCAUUGGAUUCUUUCCACGCCAUAUCUUGGUGGGCACCAUUGGCGGUGUGGGAUGGUUCUUGAUUGCAACAGGUAUCGAAGUAUCAGGACGGCUGGAAGAGAACUUGACGUACACCAUCCCAAUGAUGCAAAAGAUCUUUCUCGAUACGCACACAUUGGUGCUAUGGGCAACUGCAUUUGGAGCUGCAGUCCUUUUACGUACGAUGCAACAACGUAUAAGCAACCCACUCUUGGUACCUGCAUUCUUCAUGGUGUUACCCAUCGUAUUUUAUCUCGUGCUGGCCAUAGCAGGAUUGGAUGUCAAUGACGUACGUGAUCAAGGAUGGAUCUUCCCUCUCGUGCAAAGUGAUCUUCCAUUUUGGCACUUUUACACCAACUUUGAUUUUACCAUGGUCAAUUGGCGCGCUGUAGGCCAUACCAUGCCUGCCAUGUUGGCUCUCACUUUCUUUGGUCUUUUGCAUGUUCCUAUCAACGUGCCUGCCCUUGGUGUCUCAACCAACAAUGAUGAUGUCAACGUCAAUCGCGAAUUGAUUGCUCAUGGCAUGUCCAAUGCUAUAUCAGGUCUUUUUGGAUCCAUUCAAAAUUAUCUUGUUUAUACCAACAGCUUAUUGUUUAUCCGAACGGGAGGUGAUAGCCGAGUCGCUGGUAUCAUGUUGGCAGGUGCAACAGCAGCUUUGUGGAUGGUGGGUCCCUGGAUUGUGGGCUAUAUUCCAGUGAUGGUUGUGGGUGCAUUGAUUUUCCAUCUUGGUUUGGAUCUCUUGAAGGAAGCGCUCUAUGAUACAUGGCAUUGUGUUCAUUACUUUGAAUACCUUACCAUCUGUGUCAUCAUAUUCGUCAUGGCCGUAUGGGGUUUUGUCGAAGGUAUCCUAGUGGGCAUCGUUAUGGCAUGCAUUUUCUUUGUCGUCCAGAAUGCUCAGUUGAGUGAUGCCAUCCGAUCAACGCAUACCGGUGCCGAAUUACGAUCCACUGUGCGACGCUUGUAUCGACAACAAAAGUUCCUAAAAUAUGUGGGCAGCCAGAUCCAGGUUGUGAAGCUACAAGGCUAUCUCUUUUUUGGUACCAUCAACCAGGUCGAAAGUGCUAUUCGAGACAUGCUGGAUCAACGUGCUUGGGAUCGCAAGCCAAUUCGUUUCUUGGUGCUUGAUCUUCAACUUGUUCAAGGCAUUGAUUUCAGUGCUGCCGAGGCAUUCGUACGCAUUAGGCGAUUACUCAAAGCACGUGAUGUUUACAUGGUGCUAUGCAAUAUUGCAAGAGAUUCGGAUCAAGCGAAAGCGCUCAUGAAAGCUGGUGUUUGGGUGGAUGACGAGGAUCAUGAAGAUGACACCAAUAGCGACCUCAAAUGUUUCGAGUCGCUCAAUGAUGGUUUGGAAUGGUGCGAAAAUAUCUUGUUGGAAGCAUGCACUACCUAUCUCGCAGCAAAAGGCGGUCCAUUACCGAUCAAAGAUUCUGCGACCCAAAACAGCGAUGAUACCCAUAUUGAUAUGGUCUAUGAAGCAUCUCCUAGACGAAGAAUGGUUAGCCAUGCGAUUCGAAAGAUAUUGCCAGCUGAUACGCCCACAUCCCCUGCUCACACGCAUGCAAAUCUAUCACAGCCGACGCUAUUGAUGAUCCAAGCACUGAGUGAACUCACCCACCAAGACGUGCCGUUUGAAUUCUAUCACAAGCUUGGGACCUAUUUCAAAAGGGAAACAUUGGUAGGAGGUGAAGCUAUUUGGCAUGAAGGCGAUCCAUCCGAUUGCUUGAUUGUUGUGGAGAAUGGCACACUACGUAGCUUGAUGCAUGUUGGCAAUGGCGAAAACCGAGUUGUGGAAACGAUCUUGGCGGGCACCGUAGUAGGGGAGCUUGGCCUUUUUACAUCAGCUCAACACCGUACACGAUCUGUAUACGCUGAACAAAACUCUGUGAUUUGGAAGCUUACGAGAGAAUCAUUUGAACAUAUGCUAUCGAGUGAUCCGGCACUUGCGAACCAAUUUAUUAUGCUCUCCCUUCACUUUUCAAGCGAGAGAUUGGAUAUCAUGACACGUUUUGCUUUCCAGCUUCAUUAG